AACGAGGGGAGGGGACAAGGGAACCAGCGGUCCCGCCCGCUGAUGUAGGCAGGCGGCGGGGGUGGAGCCGCGACGCGUGAAGGAGUCCCCCCCGCAGUCGCACACCCGGUCCCCCUUCGGAGCAGCCAGUCUCCAACCCCCGUGCGCCCGCGACUUCCCUGCCGCCGCAAUUUGCGCGGCGGGGACCGCGGGAUCCUCCUCUUGGUGCCGGGUUUGGUGGGGACGCCUCCGCCACUCACUCCCAGCCUUUGCCCUCUCCCCACUCCUGGAUUCCCGGACUGCCCGGAGCGACUCCCGGUGGGAGAAGCGGAUCCCAAGACGUCUGCACGGCCACCGCCCCGGACAUCUCGCCUGCCGAGCCGGCUGGGCACCCACCGGGCAUCCACGAAGCUUGCCAGCCCUGCCUGCCUGCCUGCCUGCCUGGAUCUGGGCAUCUCCGGGUACAGAUCGGCUCCGGCACUGUCGCCUGGGGGCUGCUGGCGACCGCCUGGCCAUAGGCGGCCGCGCGCCCUCCUCUUCCCGGGUCUCCAGGCCGGACACCCGCGCGCGCGCGCGCUCCUGGUCACCCCAGCCACCGCCGCAGCCACGAUGCUGCCUUGGAGACGUGACAAAUUCGUGCUGGUGGAGGACGAGACCAAGUGCAAGGCGAAGAGCCUGAGUCCGGGACUCGCCUACACGUCUCUGCUUUCCAGUUUCCUGCGCUCCUGCCCGGACCUGCUGCCCGACUGGCCGCUGGAGCGCUUGGGCCGCGUGUUCCGUAGCCGGCGCCAGAAAGUGGAGCUCAACCGGGAGGACCCGACCUAUACGGUGUGGUACCUGGGCAACGCCGUCACCCUGCACGCCAAGGGGGACGGCUGCACCGACGACGCCGUGGGCAAGAUCUGGGCGCGCUGCGGGCCGGCCGGAGGUGCCAAGAUGAAGCUGACCCUGGGCCCGCACGGGCUCCGCAUGCAGCCGUGUGAACGCGGCAUCUCCAGCGGCGGCACCGCUACCGCCACCGCGGGGGGCUCCGGGGGUCGCCGGGCCGCCGCCGGGCACGCCUACCUGCUGCCCCGCAUCACCUACUGCGCGGCGGACGGGCGGCACCCGCGCGUCUUCGCCUGGGUGUACCGACACCAGGCGCGCCACAAGGCCGUGGUGCUGCGAUGCCACGCCGUGCUGCUGGCACGGGCGCACAAGGCCCGCGCCCUGGCCCGCCUGCUCCGCCAGACCACGCUGGCGGCCCUGAGCGACUUCAAGCGGCUGCAGCGGCAGAGCGAUGCGCGCCACGUGCGCCAACAGCAUCUCCAUCUCCGCGCCGGCGGUGCCAGCGCCUCGGUACCGCGCGCCCCGCUGCGCCGCCUGCUCAACGCCAAGUGCGCCUACCGGCCGCCGGCCGCCGAGCGUGGCCGGGGGGCGCCGCGCCUGAGUAGCAUCCAGGAGGAGGAGGAGGACGAGGACGAGGACGAGGAGGACGACGGGGAGGAGAAGGAUGGGGACGCGAGCGCGCGCGAGGAAGGAGCCCCCCAGCGCGAGCGCUCCGAGGUGCUCAGCCUGGCCCGGGAGCUGAGGACGUGCAGCCUGCGGGGUGCCCCCGCGCCUCCACCACCGCAGCCCCGCCGCUGGAAGGCCGGCGGCCCCAGGGAGAGGCUGGGCCUGGCGGGGUGAGAACGGGGGGGUGAGGGGUGCUCGCCACCCUGGACACAAGGC